AUGACUGAGAAUAUUCAGAAAUCGAAUCAAUUAAUUGUACGUGUUUGUACAUUUAAUUUACGUCGUGCUGAUCUUGAUAUUGGUACACCAAAUGAUUGGAAAAAACGACGACCGAUUGUUAAGAAAUGUCUUGAACAUAUGCAACCAAAUAUUAUUGGAACACAAGAAGGUUAUCCAGGACAACUUAAAGAUGUUCUUGAUGAUUUAAAUGAAUCUUCACAAUGUUGGUCAUGGGUAGGUGAAGAACUUGAAGAUUGGCACACAAUUAAUGCUAUAUUCUAUCGUCAUGAUCAAUUUUCACUUAUUUCAACAAAAACAUUUUGGUUUAAUGAACAUCCAUCAAUAACUGGUUCUGCUUGGGGUGCAAAACAUCCUCGUGGUUGUACAUGUGCUCAAUUUCAACAUUUUAUUACAAAACAACCAUUUAUUAUCUAUAAUGUUCAUCUAGAUUUUCCAUCUCAAGAAGCUCGUCAUAACUCAAUACCUACUCUUCUAUCACAAAUCGAAGAAAAUCAUGAUCAUAUUAAUAAAGUUAUUGUUACAGGAAAUUUUAAUAAUUGGCCAGAAGAAGUUGAAGGUGAAACACCACCUGAUGAACUUACUGUAUUAGGAGAACAUGCAUCAGAAAUUGAACAAAUGAAAAAAGCUGGUUUUAUUGAUACAUAUCAACAUAAUGCAAAAUCAACAUUUAAUGGUUUUCGAAAAGCUGGUUAUGGUCCAAAAAUUGAUUUUAUUUGGAUUUCAUCAAAUAGUGUUUAUCGUGUUGAAGGUGAAACGAAAGUAGAUGAUUAUCAUGAUAAAGAUGGAUUUUUUCCAUCUGAUCAUUUUCCUGUUUAUGCAGAUUUAAUUUAUAUUGCAUAA